GUGUGGCAACAUAACAUUAUACUUUUGUGACUGGUGAUGUGACUGAUGUGUGGCCUGUGAACGGAGAUUAUUUUUUCCGUAUCGGCAUUCUAUCAUACUAAUUUUAGAUUGUUCUGUAAGACAAUACAUACAUUAUGAUUACUUUACUUCCCUGACCUCAAGCGUUGAUAAAAGUUUGUAUACUUAGUGAGUUAUUUUGGUAUUCGGUGACAUUUUAGUGAAGUGCCUAAUUUGAUCAUGGAGGCUAUAGCAAAACACGAUUUCAAUGCAACUGCAGAUGAUGAGCUCAGCUUUAGGAAGAAUCAAGUCCUCAAGAUACUAAACAUGGAGGACGAUAUGAACUGGUACAGGGCUGAAUUAGACGGCAAAGAAGGACUUAUUCCUAGUAAUUAUAUUCAAAUGAAAAGUCACAGCUGGUAUUAUGGAAGAAUCACAAGAGCAGAUGCAGAGAAACUUCUAGCAAAUAAACCAGAGGGUGGUUUUUUGAUAAGAAUCAGUGAAUCAAGCCCCGGUGACUUCUCCUUAUCUGUAAAAUGUCCGGAUGGAGUGCAACAUUUCAAAGUGCUUCGGGACGCGUCCAGCAAAUUUUUCUUGUGGGUGGUGAAGUUCAACUCUCUCAACGAACUGGUAGAUUACCACCGCACUGCGUCAGUGAGCCGUCUGCAAGAUGUCAAGCUCCGGGAUGUCGUUCCUGAAGAGAUGCUGGUGCAAGCUCUGUACGACUUCACUCCGCAGGAGGCCGGCGAGUUGGAGUUCAGGCGCGGUGACGUCAUCACGGUCACUGACCGCUCGGAUCAGCAUUGGUGGCAGGGCGAGAUAGCACACCGGCGCGGCCUGUUCCCCGCGUCGUACGUGACGGCGUACCACUCGUCAUAGGAGUCUCGCGCCGCUCGCCCUUGCCUCUCUCCGCCGCUGCCCGCGCCGCCGCCCGACAAUGAUCACACUACCCUACUACAUCAUAUCAAUAACUCAACUAAGUAAAGCUAAUACAUGAAAACGUUAUAGUUUUCUCAGUUUUACUAAACAUCAUCAUUUUUAGCGAUUUUAAAUUUAUCCCUAGGAGUUAUUGACAGGGCACCAAGUGUCAUCAAUGUCUCGCUCGCAUGAAGUUUGAUUUUUAUAUAAUGUUUUGACGAGUAUAUGGUGCUUCGUGUUCACAGCUGAUUACGAUGAUUUUAUUAUAAUUAAUGUAAUAAUUUAUAACAUUUCGACGGUCGUAAUCUUUUAUGUCCAUUUUACUCGUGUGUUGAAACUGCCUUGAUUUUUGCAAUACUGUAAUAUGUAAUUUGGUAGUACAAAAGUUUUGUGUCGUGUUUCAUUGUAUUCAUAUUGUUCUGUGACGAAUUUAUUGUCCUCUCAUUUUAAGUUGGACGAUCGCUGCAUGAGAGUGAAUAAUUUUAUCCUCGAAAACGUGCCAGAAUGUUAUUUGUAGUUUUUGAAAUAUACGUUUAGUAAUAAAAGGUGAAAGGGAUCAAAUCAGUGCAUACUGACUGCUCCCUACAAGUAUAUAGAUUUUUUUUAUUUGAUGUGAUUUUUAAAGUAUGACCAUUAUUUAUCCCUGUAUUAGUCUUUAAUGCUCAUUAUUAAAAUAUUUACCAUUUAUACUUUAGUUAAGUGAUAAUUUUAAGUUCGGUUUACAAUUUCGAUCUUAUUUUUUUUAUUAUUGGUAUACAACAGUGUAUAAUCUGGUACAGUAAUCAUGUCGUAGAAUAUAAAUUUGUAGCGUCCUCCAAAAGCUUUGCUCUCGUUAGGUUUAGACCCAAUCCACAGUUUGUGUUGCGCACAAGUUACAAUGCCGCGAACAUUUCAUUACUUGGGAAUCAUCAUCAUUUCAAAUAUCGACGAUGUUUUAUGAACGGAUGUAUAAUAAGCGAUGUAUUUUAUAUAAUAAUAUAUUGUGUAUGUUGUAACACCGCGCUUUUUGAUAGCUUUUGACGUGUUAGUUUGACUCAGAUUCGUUACCUGUACGUAUUUUACCAUUUACCGAACGUAAUGAAGCAAAUAAAUGUCUAAAAUAAAAAAUGUUUAACGUAAAUAAUUGAAUGUUGAUAGUGAAUUUGGCGAGGUAGUUGCUAGUGACUACAGAACUAAUCCGGAGUAACACGACAUCGUGACACGCGCCGUGUCAUUGUACUUAGUUAGCGUUUAACAUUUAGUCAAGACUUGAAAUUAAUAAAAACUUUGUGUGAUCGUUGAUCCAAUGUAGAUAUUUAUUUUUGUUAUUGUAUUGUAACCGAAAUUACUAUAUUUAUGGAAAUACAGAGUUUUUCGUAAUCGACGAACUCGCUAUCCGUAGGCAGAUCAGAUCAUUAGACGUAAGCGAACAUCUCAUGUAAGGAGUAUUUCACAGUGCAUGUUUAACUAUAACGUUUAAAGAUUUCCCUUUCAUCGAAGCAUUUAAACUGUGUGUAAUUAUAGUGUAAGUGUGGUACGGCUCCGUAUGCAACGUGCUCGCUAUGAAUGGUCAACUGUUGAAGUUUGUAUUGCGUUACAACACCCGGGAAUGCCCCUAAAUUGUGCUUAUAGCUAUAGUGACAAGUAAGUGCAUAAAGGCAAGUUUCAAUAAAUCGGAAGUGCUAUAAUCUAUAAUAAUCAAAUAUUUAAAUAAUUUAAGUUAUGAUUCUCCAAUAUUGUGGAAGAUGUAUAAUAUUUUUUACUAAUAAAUUUAAUAUUAUAUA